AUGGCCUCCUCCUUCGACUUCCUCCCCCGACCCGUCGGUCAUGCUCCCUCGCAAUUUGGAUUUGGAUUCGGCCUGGGACCAUCAGCCGGACCGACUCCCUGGCUUUCGAAUCCAACGCCAACUUUCUAUCAACCUUCCAAUACCUUCUCCCAGUCGCCAGGCAAACUAAAGCGCAAACUUGAUGACGACGACAUCCCACCCUCAGACUAUACAAUGGACCGGAGCCCAACACCAGAGCGACCUAAACGUGCUGCACCAAAGCGGGCAAGGGUGGCACCAGAGCCAGGCUCUAAGGAUGAUAGAGAUGGGAAGGAAAACAAAGCGCCUAGUCCUGCUGAAGAGACAGAGGUGGAUGUGGGAGUUCUCCUCGCGAGUUUACCACCGCAAUCCCUCUUGCCACUCCUCACAUCCCUUCUUUCAACACAACCCUCGCUCAAGAAAGUCGUACUGUCGUUAAUACCCAGGCCGACGCUUGAUAGCGCCCUACAAGCACUCACGAUUUCAGCACGCAAGUUGCGUGACGCGUACCCUUACACCAACGUGACGCCAAAUAUCGGAUUCGGUGCCGCUCGUCCGACGUUUGGAUUUCCUCGACCAUCGACCCAACCCCCAGCUAUGAGAGACUCCUAUGUUUCGUCUCGUUUAGAGCCUCAUAUCGACGAAUUUGUCUCCGCAUCGCUGUCUUACCUCCCCUACUUCUCAUAUCUCCCUUCUUCCAAUGAGCCUGUUGCAAAAGGCGCAAUCCAUCCAUCCGAAGUUUAUUCUUUUCUGUCGGCACUAAUGCAGCAUGCGCUGGCAUUACCCCCACUUGCCCAAUCUCAACUUGCCUCGAAAUUGAUCACACGUUUGAACGAUGAAUGGAAAGCAUGGGUCAACAAAGUGGAUGUAACUCUCAAUCAAGAAGGUGGUAUGUUCACGGCGGAUUCGCUCCGGACUUGGGAGAGAGGGUUAGACCAGUUCGCGUCGAGUCAAGGGGAAUUUGGAGACAUGAUGCGGCCGCUGCGGGACUUGUGGAUUGCUAAGCCACACAUGAGCGACGAACGUCAAUGUAGAAUAUGUCUUGCGGGGCCAGAAGAAGAGGCAGAACUCGGUCGAAUGAUUAAACCUUGCUUGUGUACUGGGUCAAUCAAAUUUGUUCACGUGAAGUGCCUCCAGCGCUGGCGCAACAGUUCUUCGAGCCCAGCAAACUCGGCGCGUUUCUUUAGCUGCCCUCAAUGCGGAUAUAAAUAUCGGUUCACCAGGACAAAAGUAUUGGGGCUUGCAACGAAUCCAGUCAUCGUAGGCACCCUUUCAGCAUUCCUCUUCACCGUGCUGGUCAUUCUUUCCUCGUUCAUUACGACCUUUUUCAUGUCCUGGUUUGAGGAGCCGUCGUAUUCAAGUUACUACUACCGCUCGGGCCCAGGCGGAUUCUUCUCCGGAUUCUUCUACGUUUCCCCCUUGGAAAUAGUUCAGGACCUUAUUCGUGCUGCUGUGAGGAUCAUCCAGGACGAAGACAUCGCUGGCACUAGUCAUCAUCAUACUUCAACCGCUGAGCCAACUGAGGAGCCGGAACGUGGCAUAAUCCAGUCGUUGAUACGCCGUUUCUUCCUUGGGCUUCCUAUCAUUGGCGCAAGCAGGCAAGAUUCUCCAUCACUCAUCCACUUGACGCUUACUUUCAGAAUCCAGUGUGGUCCAAAUGCUGCUUUCAUUGCCUUGGAUCACUCCCGUGCAUGGCUUGGCAAGAUGGCGCUCAAGCAAUCGACGCCGCGAAGUCGGGGCCGCAAGGUACAAUCGUUCAAUCGCUUUUAUUUGUAUUGUCUCAACAAACCGGUCAGGGCUCUGAUCAAAGUCUAUUCUUUCACAGAAUCAGUGACCAAACGGGUUCUUCUCCGAGCAGAAGACGCCAUCCUCGAGGUUUAG